AUGAAGUCGCCUGUGGAGCGAUCGACUGACGAUCUCCGUCAACCUGAACAUGCAUUUCUCACAACCCCAUCCGGAGAUGAACUUAUCGAUGCAGACCUGCGCUAUCUGCGUGAGCUACCAUGGUCAGAGAGCUCGAUUGGUCCCAUAUCGACAUGGUCCAGGGAAUUGCUAGUCCUCAUAAACCUCGCCAUGUUGUCGCCUCAACCCCAGCUGUUCUUGCUGGGCCCAGACUCAAUUAUCAUAUACAACACUGCUUAUGGUCGAUUACUCUACGAUCAUCACCCGCUCUAUCUGGGAAGGCCCAUAGGAAUGAACGAAGCCUUGAUAUCCAACGCGCCUGCCAUCAGUAGGAUUGUAGACAGAGCGACGACCAGAGCGAAACCGGCAAACGAGAACCAUGUCACUUUCUUUUUCAAAAAUGAAGACCGAUUACAGGAAACAUUUCUCUCAGCAACGAUGGUCAAGCUUCCAGAGCCACUACAAGGAUAUCAUGCGACCACUUACGACACAACAGCAACUGCUGUACAACUAAGGAGAAAGGAAUCCCUCAAGGCCAUCAUGGAUACUUGUGCGUCUGCAAACGACAUGACGAACUUCUGGGACACCAUGCUCCAAGGGAUUUCUAAUGAAGAUGGAGACAUCUCUUUUGCCCUGCUUUAUCGAGCAGAAGUUCACACAGUGUAUGCCGCUGAAGCCGAUUGUCAGCGGCAUGUUGUUGAUGGCCAGAAUUUUACAUUACACGGCAAAGUCGGCUCUGAAGAGUCUGCUCAGCCCCAGCAGAUCAGUCUUUCAUCGAACGAGCCAUACAUUCGUUGUAUGAGAGAAUCUAUCAGGACGGGAACGCCUGUUCUUCUUAGUGUCAAAAAUGGCACGCUCCCAAAAGACUGGUGCAAGGAGGCUCGUCAACGAUGCUACGGUGACGAUGCCCUCGAAGCAGUGAUUAUACCAAGCAUUGAUGCUUACGGCUCAGAAGUGCACGCAUUGUUAGUCAUGGGCAUCUCUCCUCGAAGGCCAUACGACGAAGACUAUUCCAACUGGAUCCAUUCGGUGCACCAAUUCUUUGCUAACUCAGUCAUGACUAUCAAACUUGCAGAAGCCAGGGCGUUCGACAACAACGUGAAACGGGUCGCUGCAGCUAGAGCAGAACAGAUUCUCGCACAGCAGCGAGAGGCUAAAUUACAAGCGUUCAGUCUAAAAGAAGCGAUCGAGGCCAAAAGACAGCAGGAAAACUUUAUAGACGUGACGAGUCACGAAAUUCGAAAUCCGCUCGGCGCGGUAAUCCUCAGUGCUGAUUCUAUCUCUGUUUCCUUAAGUCAAAUACAGGAAUUAGUUAAACAAUCAGUCUCCGCCAAACUUGCCAUUGAUCCAAACAGCUUGACAAGACUACUCGAAGAUAUUACUGAGUCGGUAGAAACCAUCACGUCUUGCUCUCUUCACCAGAAGCGCAUCACCGAUGACAUAUUGUCUCUGUCCAAGCUCGAUUCUAAUUUGAUCGAGAUUUGUCCAUCCUCUAUUAAGCUAGGAAGCUUCAUGGAUAAUAUCGUGGAGACUUUCAGGGUCGAGACUGGUCGCGCAAAUAUCGCCUUCGGAGCCAAGCAAGAUGCAUCCAUCAAGUUCCAUGAUGUUGACUGGAUUCAAGCCGACUCCGGCCGGAUCAUGCAAGUAAUGACCAACCUUCUGUCCAAUGCAAUCAAGUUCACAGCGACCUUUGACGGAGCAAAAUCAAUCACCGUCCGCGUUGGAGCCUCAGAGACCAAAGACGUGCCGAUAUUCAACGACCUCAUCAUGACAAAGCCGCUGAUAGAUCCCAAUGAAAAGACGAACCUGUUCCAGGGAGACAUAUAUCUGUGGUUUGAAGUAUCCGAUACAGGUUGUGGAAUGAGCGCGACAGAGAGAAGCAAAAUGUUCCAACGUUUCUCACAAGCUUCACCUAAAACAUACAACAAGUAUGGUGGUUCUGGUUUGGGUCUUUUCAUAUCUCAGAAGUUGGUCAAUCUGCAAGGCGGUAACAUAGGUUUCAAUUCGGAAACUGACCAAGGCACGACUUUCGCAUUCUCGAUCUGCGCCUUACGAGACAAAGCGCCUGAUGUACUCACUACCAGGUCAACUAUUUUACCUUUCAAGAGGGCUUCAGCGUCUGACAGCCUGAGCAUGCUUCUUGUAGAAGACAAUCAUGUCAAUCAGGUUGUGCUCGCCAAGCAGCUCAGGCGCGCUGGAUACACCGUCUUCACUGCCGACGAUGGUCAAGAAGCCUUUGAUUUUUUGAAGUCGAGUCGACACUGGAAGGGUCAUGGGAAAAGCUCAGAUCUUCCACGUGUUGAUUUCAUAUGUAUGGAUAUAGAGAUGCCAAUCAUCGAUGGCAUGACAUGUACAAAGAUGAUCCGAAAAGCACAGCAAGACGGCGACAUCACCAAUCACAUUCCGAUCAUCGCCGUAACAGCAAACGCCAGGUCCGAGCAACUUCAAGCUGCAAUCGACGUAGGAAUGGAUGAUGGGAUAUCAAAGCCGUUCCGAAUUGAUGAUUUGGAAAAGAUUAUUGAGAAAGUGGUGGUGUAG